CAAGAAAGCCGAGCCUCUGCUUGCAAGGAGCCACUCUGCACCCGCGUUUCUGAGCUUGGCCGAGCCCAGAACGAUGGUCACAAUUGAGUCGGCGUCUGACUACUACGACGUGUUCGAGAUCCUGGGGAAGGGCACUUUCGGGGAAGUGGUGAAGAGCUGGAAACGGAGCAGCGGGGAGAUGGUGGCCAUUAAGAUCCUGAAGAACGACUCCUACCGGAGCCGGAUCAUCAAGAAUGAGCUGAAGCUACUGCAGACCAUGGCGGAGGUGGAUGCAGAGGAGUCACACAUCGUCCAGUUCCACGAGUUCUUCCAUGACGAGCUCAAGUUCUACCUGGUCUUUGAACUCCUAGAGCAGAACCUUUUUGACUUUCAGAAAGAGCACAACUUCUCCCCUUUGCCCGUCCGGCACAUCCGCACUGUGACCACGCAGGUGCUCAGAGCCCUGUCCAAGCUGAAAGAGCUGUCCAUCAUCCACGCAGACCUGAAGCCCGAGAACAUCAUGCUGGUAGACCAGGUGAGAUACCCUUUCCGCGUCAAGGUGAUCGACUUUGGCUCGGCCAGCAUCUUCAACGAGGUGCGCUAUGUCAAAGAGCCGUAUAUCCAGUCCCGGUUCUAUCGGGCCCCAGAAAUAUUGCUGGGCUUGCCAUUCUGUGAGAAAGUAGACGUGUGGUCCUUGGGGUGCGUCAUGGCGGAGCUCCACCUCGGCUGGCCCCUGUACCCUGGAAACAACGAAUACGACCAGAUAAGGUACAUCUGCGAGACCCAAGGGAUGCCCCGGCACACCCUCCUCAAUGCGGCCCGGAAGGCCCAUCUCUUCUUCAAAAGGGGGCAGCAUCAGGAGACGACCAACGCCUGGCAGCUGAAAACACCGGCUGAGUACCUGGCAGACACCAAGGUGAAGUCGGUGGAGAGGAGGAAGUAUGUGCUGAAGUCUCUGGACCAGAUGGAAACACUGAAUGUCCACAAGAUGAUCUACCCGGACACUGAGGCCUUGGCCGAAUACUUUGACCUGCGGAGCAUGGUGGAGCUCAUCAAGAGGAUGCUGACCUGGGACUCCCAUGAGCGCAUCACCCCCAGCGCAGCUCUGAAGCACCCCUACGUCUCCACACAGCCGCUGAAGCAGAACUACAGCGGCACCCAGUACUACCAGGCGUGCCUGCGGAGCCUGCAGGAGUCCCUGCCCACCAGCGGCAAGGCUGGGGACGAGGAGGAGGGCAUGCAGCUGUACGGCGCCCUGGAAGAGGAGCGCUUCUAUGCCACACAGGAGCCCUUCCCGGAGGAGAACGCCCACAGUGUCCAGCGGACCACCAGCCAAAUGGACGACCUCAGCCUGGCCGAAGCAGGCCAGGACCUGCCCCUCACGGUGUGGGAUGAAGGAGGGCUUUAUGAGCCCCUCUCUGGCCCCGCAGAGGCAGCCUCUGGCCGGCGCAAGACCCUCCACCCGAACUUUCGCCUGCGCCACGAGCAGGAACCCAUCCUGGCCUACUACAGGAACCGGCACAGCAGUCCCAAGCAGCGCAAGGCCUCCCGCCACACGCAGCCCGACCUCACCUUCAACAACCUGAUCCUGUUGGGCCAGUCCUCACCCGAGGACACGGCAGGCUGGGGGAAGGGGAGCAGCAGCAGCGCCACGUCCCUGCCAGAGUCCAGCGCCAGGGAGGGCCCCUGCCUGCCUCAGAGCCUGAUGCUUUCGCCCACCAUGCAGAACAUCAUCCGCAGCCCUGGCUGGGCGGCCAGGAGGGACAUUGCAGCCCCGGAGCAGCGAGCGCCGUCGGAGGUCUUCGAGCCGGCCGCCGCCGCGCGGCCCGGGCCCCACGUCUGGCAGCCCCUCGACGACUGGCUGGCAGAGCCCGGCCUGGAGAGGAGCACCCUCCCGCCGCCGGCGGCCGCGGCGCUGCACGGCCCUCGGGCCCGCCCGGCCCUCCAGCCCUUCCUGCAACACAUCGCCAGCCACCACUGA